GAAGAAUUAAGGGUUGUUUGGAGGAAUAGUAGGAAUUAAGGUGUUGUUUUAAGUAAAAAAUAAAUUAAAGUGUGUUUAUUUAAAAAAGUAUUUGCAAAAGUUUUAGGGAAAAACGAAUGUGUUGUUUUUGUCUAUAAUUGUGUUGAGAUAUAAGAAUUUAUUCUAUAGUGAUUUUUUUUCCAUAAAAUUCUGAUUUAAAAAACGCAAAUUAGGAUUUAUUUAGCUAUUUAUCAUUGUCUUUUUAUAGUGAAAAAUAACUGUGUUGUGAUUCAAUGGCCGAUCAACAUGAGAUUGAUCUUGAUUCUGUUAUAGAGCGGCUUUUGGAGGUUCGUGGAAGUCGUCCUGGUAGACAGGUUCAAUUAGCUGAAUGUGAAAUUCGUUUUCUUUGUAUUAAGGCACGAGAAAUUUUUGUUAAUCAACCAAUCCUUUUAGAACUUGAAGCUCCUAUAAAAAUAUGUGGUGAUAUUCAUGGUCAAUAUUAUGAUCUUUUGAGACUUUUCGAAUAUGGAGGAUUUCCUCCUGAAGCAAAUUAUCUUUUCCUUGGAGAUUAUGUAGAUCGUGGGAAACAGUCCCUAGAAACUAUAUGUCUUUUAUUAGCGUAUAAAAUAAAAUAUCCGGAGAACUUUUUCAUACUGAGAGGAAACCAUGAAUGUGCAAGUAUUAAUCGUAUUUACGGAUUUUAUGAUGAAUGCAAAAGAAGAUAUAAUAUAAAAUUGUGGAAGACUUUUACUGAUUGUUUCAAUUGUCUUCCUAUCGCUGCUAUUAUUGAUGAAAAAAUAUUUACUAUGCAUGGUGGUCUUUCUCCUGAUCUUACUUCUAUGGAACAAAUUCGAAGAGUAAUGCGACCAACUGAUGUUCCAGAUACUGGCCUUUUAUGUGAUCUUUUAUGGUCCGAUCCUGAUAAGGAUAUAACGGGUUGGAGUGAAAAUGAUCGUGGUGUUUCAUUUACAUUUGGACCGGAUGUUGUAUCUCGUUUUCUUCAAAAACAUGAUAUGGAUCUCAUAUGCCGAGCACACCAAGUAGUUGAAGAUGGUUAUGAAUUCUUUUCUAAACGUCAGCUUGUUACAUUGUUUAGUGCACCUAAUUAUUGUGGAGAAUUUGAUAAUGCUGGUGCUAUGAUGAGUGUGGAUGAAAGUUUACUUUGUAGUUUUCAAAUUCUUAAGCCGGCUGAAAAGAAACAGAAAUAUUUGUAUGGAGGUAUGGGAAGUGGACGUCCAGUGACACCUCCACGAAAACAGAAAAACAAGGGUGGGAAAGCUUAGAUAGCAUUAUUUGUUAUUUAUAUAGGAUAUCGGUUUAUAUAUAUAUAUAUAUAUAUAUUGAGCGAAAGAUUGACAACAUGCAAUUAUAUUUUCGAGUAUGAUUAUAUUUAGG